UACUCUUUCUUUUCAGAACUUCACAUUGUGCUUCCUGUACCUGCACAAAUGGCAACCCGAGGCAGUGUGAAACCCUUUGUGAGCUUCAAUGCAAAGCAUGAUGCAGAAGUUUUGCGCAAGGCCAUGAAAGGAAUUGGCACUGAUGAAGAUACCAUCCUCAUGUUACUGGCAGCUCGCAGUAAUGACCAGCGACAGGAAAUAAAAGCAGCCUAUAAGAAAGCUCAUGGCAAGGAUCUAGGGAAAGACUUACGAUCUGAGCUUGGAGGGAAGCUAGAGGAUCUCAUUGUGGCCCUCAUGGCUCCACCCGCAAUAUAUGAUGCAAAUGAACUCCAUAAGGCCAUCAAGGGAGUAGGUACUGAGGACCAAGUUUUAAUUGAGAUUCUGGCAUCCAGGACAUGUGAUGAGAUAAAAGAUAUCAGCAAAGCUUACAAGAAAGAACAUGGAGGCAAGCUGGAAAAAGACAUAAUCGGUGAUACAUCAGGACAUUACCAGAGGUUGCUGGUGAUCCUUGUACAGGCAAACAGGGAUGAGGGAGUGGAUGAGAGCAGAGUGGAAAAAGAUGCCAAGGAGCUGUUUGCUGCCGGAGAGGAGAAAUUCGGCACGGACGAGGACAAGUUCAUCAACAUACUUGGCAAUAGGAGUGCAGAACAUCUGAGAAAAGUGUUUGAUGCCUACAAAAAGAUUGCCGGCUGUGACAUUGAAGAGAGCUUAAAAGAUGAGUGCACUGGGAACCUGGAAGCACUGCUGCUGGCUGUGGUUAAGUGUGCAAAAAGCGUGCCUGCUUAUUUUGCUGAAACCCUUCGAGAGUCAAUGCGGCGUGCCGGCACUGAUGAUGAGACUCUCAUAAGAAUCAUGGUGUCAAGGAGUGAGCGAGAUAUGCUGGACAUCAGAGCGAUAUACAAGAAGAAGUAUGGAGAAUCACUCUAUAGCACCAUACAGGCAAACACUGACGGAGAUUACCAGAAGGCCCUGCUCUACCUGUGUGGUGGUAAUGAUUAGAAAUAGUUCAUAUUUUGUGCUUAUUCAUGUUAGUUUAAAGGAUCUUGCACACUGAGGCCGAAAUUUUCGUAUGCGUUUUUUCGUAUUCGUGAUUCGGUGGCUCUGAAUUGUCAAAACACCAUUCAAACCCCAUUCAAACUGCUUGCUACGGAUGCGAAAAACGCAGAAAGCUUUUUUUAUGACGGACGAAAGUUUCGGAGGCAGUGUGCAAGCGUGAUUGACAUAACGUGAGGUCGUAUUUAUUUUUU